AAAAAACCCCGACACGUGUCCACAAUGGGUUAAUCAGUUGACGUCUCUCAGUUGAGAGUCCCUCGCAGGCGCUAAAUCUGAAGAGCACUUCAAAGAGGGAUUCACAUCACAUCACCACACACAUACACGCUCACAAAUCAAACUACAGAGGAACAAACUAAGAAAUUGAGCUUUUGGUAAAAUAUCGACUCUACUUUGGGGCUGUAAUAAAACUUUAAUCAGAACAAACUGCCAUAAACAAGAAGACACGCGGCGGACUGCGCGAGCGAGGAGUCGCAUCAAUCACGCAAAAUGCUGCGAGGCUUCACACCUUCGCACUGAUCGGACUCGUUCGCUGCGUUCCCUUUUCCUGUCCCGAGCACAUUUAUCUGUAUCACUGACGCCUUCGGGACCUUCUCCAGCUGUGCCGUCGAAAACCCCGCUGGUUUCCGUCACUUUUCAACAUGAUCAACACCUUUUGCCAAGGGUAGUUGAGAGCAAUGGCACCUUCUUGUAAACCCUGUGAACUGGAUAUUUGCUUCUCCCACCUCAAGUAAGAGUCAAAAGACAAUUUUCUGUAGUCAAGAUGCAGAUUCUUUCAGCUGUUUUGCUGCUGUUCUGUUUGCACAAGUGUUGUUGGAAGGUCACAUGCAGAAGAGUCCAUAUUCCAGAGGUGGGGCUCGUGGACUGGGGGGAGACUGAAAAUGAAGACCACCCCUCCCCCAAAAGCGUCAGCCCCCGUGUUCUCAACCCCCUGCGCCUUUUCGCCCGGGGAUCCCCUGGGUUUAAGAGCAACAGGAGGGAGAUUACAUAUUUGGAAAACAUCGAGGACCCUUGGGACUGGUUAUCUAACCAGACAGAUGUCAGAGAGGCGCAGAGCAGGACUAAACGCAGACCCAUUGUGAAAACGGGCAAGUUUAAAAAAAUGUUCGGCUGGGGUGACUUCAACUCCAACAUCAAAACUGUGAAACUCAAUCUCCUCAUUACAGGCAAGAUAGUGGACCAUGGCAACGGCACAUUCAGCGUUUAUUUCCGCCACAACUCCACGGGCCUAGGAAACGUCUCCGUAAGCCUGGUGCCGCCUUCCAAGGUGGUGGAGUUUGAGAUCGCCCAGCAGUCCACCCUGGAGACGAAGGACUCGAAAUCUUUCAAUUGUCGCAUCGAGUACCAGAAAACAGACCGCAGCAAAAAGACUUCACACUGCAGCUAUGAACCGUCCAACACGUGUUACCAAGAGUCCACCCAGAGCCACGUGUCCUGGCUCUGCUCGAAGCCCUUCAAAGUCAUAUGCAUCUACAUCGCCUUCUACAGCACUGACUAUAAACUGGUGCAGAAAAUCUGCCCCGAUUACAACUAUCACAGUGACACGCCGUACGCAUCCACAGGUUAAGAUCCAGUCCAUCCUGGACAGUGAGAAUGGUCAACCUCAUUUUCACCAUGUGUUUCAUCUGAUUUAAAAGCAAUUAAAAUAAAUCCAGAUGUUUCGCAUUAGGCUACACUACUGGCAUUGCCUUGGCCUAUUAUGAUACAACAGUCACGAAGUUUGAUGGCAAAAUAUGGCAAAAUAACUGAUCAGCGCUUUUGUUUUUGGCUUUAAACGUCUCACAUCCAUCCCACGGUUCGAGUUCCAAUGGGAAUUUGUUUUCUGAAAACAGACCAUAUUUCGCUAUUUGUUAAGCUAAUAAUUCACAGAACUGCAGUAUACGCGAAACACCUUUUUAUUGUGAGGUAUGUGUGUGCGUGUUUUAUUGAGGGUUGGGGCCUCUUGUUCAACACUAAAUUGUUUGAAGCAUUUAUGCAGUUGUCAAGAUAAGUGUGAACGGGUUAAAUCAUUCAGCAAAGACAUCACUUACAAAUUACUCUUAGUUAUUUCGCAUUUCACAAAAGAUCUGUGUGUGAAUUGAGAUUUGUGUAUAAUUUCAAAGAGUAAUGUGCCAUGUCUCACGAGAGCACAAUUCAUUGGACAGGUGGAUUUAGUGAAUCUGGCAGCCGGUUAACAACCCUUUGUCAUGGUCUCGCCACAGAGAUCCACAUUUGCAGGCUCUAAUUAACAUUAAUUAUAGUGGGAAAUUUCACUUACAAACCAUGACAGAGGGGCCCGGAGCCAAAAACUGAAAUUUAGCAUGUCAGUCAGCAAACCUCUAUUCAAGCCAGUGACUUUGGACUGGAAUCAAACUCUUUUGUGUCAAAGUGAAAAAAGUGUCAGGAGUAAAUACAGGCAUUUAUGCAAACGCACACGAGGGUAAUUUAAUACAAUUUGUGAGUCUACCUUGUAUUGAGUCUUUCAUCAUUUAAAACAGAAUAUGGAGAGUAUUUGAAGGAAUUAUUUUUGUUUGCACAUUAUAGUCUAAAUGUCAGUGUGUCUCAAUGAACCAGUUGAAAUGCCAUAGUCUGAUAAUCAGAACUGGAAUUCUCAGGUUCCAUGUGUGUGUGUGUGUGUGUGUGUGUGUGUGCCAAACAGAUUAUGGCCGUUUAUUUCAUGAAGGUUUAUUUUGCAGUUCUGCUCAAAUUGAAAAAUCAGAUGGAUAAUUAAUUGUUCCGAUACUCUUGUCUUGCCACAUGAACAUUUACAUCAAGAACAUGUCGAUACAAAGAUAGCUGUUUAUAAUUGUAUUUAGUUUAUAAUCCUGUGUGCAAUUUUGUGAAUAGUGUAUAAAUGUGACUAUAAAACCGUGUGUAUUUAGACUUUAAAAGGAUGAAUUUGUUUCUUUAAUCUUACAAUCCAGCAUUGAUCAGUUUUUCCUACUUUAAGUGUUUGACAGUUAUAUCAAGUAGAAGUAGAGUUGAGCCAUCUAGCUUGUUACAGUUGUAUUUUUUUUUUUAGCAAACUGUACGAUUUAUCUGUAAAAAUAAAAAAUAAAAAAAUAAAUACCUGUGAGCUUCCAGCUUUUUUUUAACCCUCUAUGGCAUGCAUUUGCACUGAUUUGCUAUGAAACCAUUUUUGCUUAGAAAUUAUUAGUAAAUUUCACA